AAACCGCCACUGGUUUUCUAAUAAUCUCUUCUAUCUUCUGUUUUAAGGCGCAGGAUUGCUAUUAUUUAAUCGACCACCCGCAACGUGCGGCCUUCUCCUUUUCCAUCCUCGUCUUCCAUGCAACGCCCCACGACCAUACAACGACUUUCCUCCUCUUCCCCAUUCUCUACCUCCCCUCCCUUCACGUCCAUUAACCUUCUCCCUCCUCACCUCUUCUUUCACAUAGCAGCAGAAAGGCAAAACAAUGGAGCGAAACCCUUCUCCCAUUCCCCAAAAAUCAUCUAGCUUCACCUCCUCUCGCGAGGACAAACUCCGCCAUUCCGAUCGCAUCCUCUCCCUCAGCUCCCUUCACUUUCAUCCCAUCUCCGAAGACGCCGCCGAAGUCGCCGGAGAAAACGAUGUAGAAAAUGGCGGCAAAGAGGAACGAGAAGAGAGAGAAGAUUCACCGGCCAAUGAGAAACAGGACAACAACGACGAGAUCACUACAGUCGCCGGAGAAAUCCCGGAGCACUACGAUCUCCUUUCCCUCUCCGAUGACAUCGACCAGUUCCUCGCCAUCCUCCGCAACCUCGGUGACUCGCCGGAGUCCGUCCCGGAGAUCCCCGACAUCGCCAUUCUCCGAUUCACCGCAUUGCUCGAGAAAGAGAUUGCUAAGUACGAAUGCGGCGGAGAUCGAUGGUCGUUGGAUUCCAGCGAAAACCCUAGCUUCCUCGAUUCCGUUGAUCGGGCCUCUAAGCUCACUGCGGCUCUCUCCUUCUUCGCCGGCGCGGAUCCCCAGUAUUAUCAAGCCAUGAACCAGAUCGGCGCCGUCGUCCACCACGCUAUGGCGUUCUUGGAGGAUGAGUUCCAUUCCCUCCUCAUCUACGAUCCUUCCUCCAAGUCGAGGAAACCGCCAGCGGAGUCCACCUCCGGCGCAUCCAAGACAAAACGCCGACCCUCAUUCAGUCUUGUUCACGAGCCCGAUCGCUGUGUUCUACAACCAAAUUUCUCCGACCUAUCCCCGUCUCCUGAUUCCCCUUCCGCCGAUCUCUCAUCCCCUCGCCCUGAUCAUCAAAGCGCCACCCGCCUCCGCCACAUCGCCGGCGCCAUGAUCGCCUCCGGAUACGAAACAGAAUGCUGCCAGGUUUACACAAUCGCGCGGCGCAACGCCAUGGAUGCCAGUCUCUCUGACAAUGGCUUCGAUAGAAUUAGCAUCGACGACGUUCUCCGCAUGCCUUGGGAAACCCUAGAACCCGAAAUCGCUUCGUGGACCAAAGCCUUUCGCCAAGCCAUCACCAUCUCCUUACCACGUGAACGCGAGCUCUGCGAAAGCGUAUUCGACGGCCCUCACCGCCCCAUUGUCGACAGCAUCAUCCGCAACCUCGCUCGCAACCUCCUCAUCCAACUCUUGGCCUUCGCCGAAGCGGUCUCCAUGACCAAACGUUCCGCCGAAAAGCUCUUCAAAGUUCUCGACAUGUACGAAGCCCUCCGCGAUAUGAUCCCCAAACUCGACGAAAUCUUCGAUUCUCACACCGUUGACGAAGACAUCAAGAUGGAUCUGUCAUCUGUCCGCACUCGCCUCGGCGAAGCAGCCGUUUUCAUUUUCUGCGAUUUGGAGAUCUCCAUCAAAUCCGACGCAGCUAAAGCCCCUGUACCCGGCGGCGCCGUUCAUCCCCUCACCCGCUACGUUAUGAACUACCUCAAAUACGCCUGCGAGUACAAGAACACACUCGAGCAGGUUUUCAAUGAUCACCGAAAAACAGAUAUUUCGAUGCCGGCAUCAUCGUCUUCAUACGACGGAGAAGAGGAAGACGAUAACUCAGCCCGCGACGGCGGCCGAUCGGCAGGCAAUAGCGGCCGGAGCCUUUUAUUUGCCUCCCAGGUAGUCCAAGUAAUGGACCUGCUCAACGCCAACCUGGAAUCAAAAGCAAAUCUCUACAAAGACCUAGCUCUCAGCAGCAUCUUCAUGAUGAACAAUGGAAGAUACAUCGUGCAAAAGUUCAAAAGUUCAGCGGAAAUUAAAGAGCUUUUAGGUGAGACGUGGUGCAGAAAGAAAUCAUCGGAUUUACGAAAGUAUCACAAGAACUACCAGAGGGAGACAUGGUCCAAGAUAUUGGGCUGCUUCAAAGACGAAGGUUUGCAGGUGAAAGGCGGGGUUUCGAAGCCGGUUCUGAAGGAGAGAUUCAAGAUCUUUAACUCCAUGUUCGAGGAAAUACACAAGACACAGAGCGGCUGGUUGGUGAGCGAUGAACAGUUGCAGUCGGAGCUGAGGGUAUCGGUAUCGGCGGUGGUGGUGCCGGCGUAUCGGUCAUUUAUCGGCCGAUUCAGCCAGUAUCUGGAUCCUGGAAGACAGACGGAGAAGUACAUAAAGUUUUGGCCGGAGGAUCUGGAAUCUUACAUUGAUGACCUCUUCGAUGGCAACCCUACCUCCGUUUUGAAGAGGAAAUAGUGAUCUCUGGGUUUUAAUGGCCGGUGAAGUUUCUUCUCUUCUUUGUUGCUUAUAUACAUAUUGAAUUGAUUUGAUACUGCGUUUUUUUUUCACUUUUGUGAUGAACAGGCAUCUGAUAAUGGGGAGCGUUUUAACGGUAGUUUAAAAAUACAUUUUUGG